CGCUCUAGUCCCCUUGGUUGUUGCAGACGGACAGAAAUCGCUCGAAGCUUUCUCUGUUCAGCUCGGAGAUCCAGCGCGUGUCCAGCCAUGCCAAAACGAAUACUUCCCCUGUCAAUUUUGUGAAUCUUAGUGAUACUGGCACACCGCCCCAAGGUGAACUACGCUUAAGGUUACAACACAUAUGUUGUUUUAAUUUUUUUCUAACCCUGGAAUAAAGUGAUUCCUUUUUGGUGCACUCACUUUUUCUGCAGAGAAUUUUAGCGCACUCGCAACCUUUCACCAUUGCUUCCCAAAGGAAAACUGACUUUUUAGCGCUUGUUUCUCGGACUCUCCAGAGGAAGCGUGUCGUUGCUCCUGUGGUUGGCAUCGUCAUGGUGUUAGCUCUUAUCAUAGCGAUACCGCUGCUGGUCCAAGCGUCCAAGACAGACGCGCACUACGAGAUGAUGGGCACCUGUCGGAUGAUAUGUGAUCCAUACAACCCCAAACCCAGCACCAAUGCUCUGGAAGUCAUGCAGGACCUGAGCGUCAUACCACCCCCGGCGUUCUCGCAUGGGACUAAAGGCGAGCCGGGUCGGCCGGGGAAACCCGGACCGAGAGGUCCGCCCGGCGAACCGGGUCCACCAGGUCCAAGAGGACCGCCGGGGGAUAGGGGGGACUCGGGGAAACCGGGCUAUUCCGGGCAUACCACUGGAGAGACGGCGGAGGGGACUGUGAGCAGUGGCAGGACCGAAAAUGCCGAGGGCCUAGAGUCAGCAAUUGGCGGCACAAAAAUCGCUUUUUACGUGGGUCUUAAAAACCCCCACGAGGGAUACGAGGUGCUAAGGUUCGACGACGUGGUAACAAAUCUAGGGAACCAUUACGACCCGUCUACCGGCAAGUUCACGUGCCAAGUGUCCGGGAUAUACUACUUUACAUACCAUGUAUUAAUGCGCGGAGGCGACGGGACAAGCAUGUGGGCAGAUUUGUGCAGAAACGGACAGGUCCGCGCCAGUGCGAUAGCCCAGGACGCAGACCAGAACUAUGACUAUGCCAGCAACAGUGUAGUGCUUCACCUAGACUCCGGGGACGAGAUCUACAUCAAGCUGGACGGAGGAAAGGCGCAUGGGGGAAACAACAACAAGGGUGUCACUGCCGGUGUCACUGCCGGUGUUUGUGGCCGGGACGGUUGGAGAUGGAUGUCCCAUUGCGGCCUGCAGCGGCCUGCAUUACCUCGACAUUGAUCUAUCCACGCCCCGGCAAUAUUGGCGGGACGUUGGUGUAAGCACCUCAUGUUCUACGAAGAUGUCCCAUUAAAUAAGUCAACAGCUUAGAAAUUAAACUCCAUUAUGGUACCCGUCCAUGCUAAACAGAUAUCACAAAAGACCUGAUGCUCAAGGGACGCCACCUGCAUGUUAAGCCUAUAUUAAGAUAUUUAUAGCAUGCCUCCUCACACCCACUGGGUAAACAUUUUUCAUUGAAUCAAGCAUCUUGUUUUAUUCUGUGUUUACACUUGGCAUUUAAUGUCGUUGUUGUUUGCGCAAACACUUUUUAAUAUGUUUAUGUGUGUUCUUCAUGCGUCUUAGUAGAAGGCUGAUUAGACAUUGUUAAGGAUUAAGAUCCACUGGCUAAUGUUAACGUUGUGUACAUUUUUUAAAACAUUUUUUUAAAACUAGGCAAGUCAGUUAAGAACAAAUUCUUAUUUACAAUGACGGCCUACACCGGUCAAAUCCAGACGAUGCUGGGCCAAUUGUGCGCCGCCCUAUGGGAUUCCCAAUCACGGCCGGUUGUGAUACAUCCUGGAUUCGAACCAGGGUGUCUGUAGUGACGCCUCUAGCACUGAGAUGCAGUGCCUUAGACCGCUUGGGAGCCCAUUUUUUUUCGUUUAAAUAAUAUAUAAGCUGCAAAAAAUCAUUUUAUAGGCCUACUGAUUUCCUAAGUCAAGCUGGUGCAUUUGUUCAUUCAAGUUGCUGCGUUAGAGGGCUUCAGCACUUAGGACAGCAACCACCACAGCGCCAGUCUGUUCAGCACCAUGGACAGCGUGGGUUAGGCAAAGGCAAAUAUAUUUUCCUCUUUACCACUAGGGGGCGCAAUGUGGCCUUGUCUCUGAACUGUGAGAUAAUUGCAGAAAACUAGAGUAAUAUAUUCCAGGAAAAGCUUAAACAAAAAACAACGCAAUUUUGGUUUUCUUGUUUCGAUGAUGGAGAACAGUUGGAUAAAGAGAAGUUGGGGGAGUUAAUAUAGGAACUGAGAGUGUUAAAUUGCAGAGUAGUCCAAUUGUCACGGAUUCAGUGUGUUCUUUCACAGGACAUAUUGUACUAAUUACUGUAAAUGUCAGCAUACAGGAUUACAUUAACUGGUUUGACACAGCUAAUAUGCUAAAUCUGUGGAUAUAGAUUGGGGGGGAUCUCUGAGCUGAGAGAGAACCUUCACCAUCUGGGCGGUGAAGCAGUCUGAUGAGGAGCCAUGACACACAAUCAGGCUGGGGCAAGGGGCUGGCAUUUGGAGGUGUUGUAUGGGAUGGGACAGGGUCUGUGUGAGAUACUGAAAUGUGCUGGUUACUAUUCUGAAAUCAUCAACAUAAUUUUUCAAGGAACAGAGAACAUCUGGAAAAUGCUGGAGGAAAUUUGGGAUGUAAUGUAGAUAAUAACGUAGAGAUGAGGUUGUCCCCUCUAAAAUAUAGCAGAUCACAGUAAGACCCCCCCC